GCUGGGGGAGGUAUGGCCAAGAGCACAAACUUACUUCUGUGUGGGCUUUCUUGCUUGGUCUUUGUCAUGAGGACACAAGAUUCUUCAGGCUAUGAUCCAUGUGCAGCCCAUCCCUGCCAUGCUUCUGCUUCCUGUGUCUUCAAGAAACAAAAAUACUACUGUCAUUGCUUAGAAGGGUAUGUCUCAACCACAGGAGAAAAAACUUUCACAGACCGGAACGUCAAAUGCACAGAAGUCAACCAUGUGACCUGCUCUAACUUUGACAAUAGUGAUCCAACUUUCCAGAACUGUCAAAAGCAGUUAAAUGUGAGCAGUUCUCAGGACAACAGCAGACAGAUCUGCACCCAUUUUGCAAAGCUGUCCCGCAGCUGUGGAGAGGGAAACACUGUUCUGUCCCUGAAGGAAAUCGGGAACUCUUACUGUUUUCUCACAAACUUCACUUCCCAAUUACCCAUUGGAAAUCACAAAGAGAAAGCAAGGCUAGUGACAGUGUACAUGCAGACUAUGGAGAAGGCUGUCCUUGCAGCUGCAUCCAGAAAUAUGAAAGAAACAGAGACGGUGGACGGGCCUUUUAUGGCCAUUGAAACACUAAGGGUUACGAACUGCAGGCUGAAUAAGACAUUCAGGUUGAAGGCAGAAAAGCAGACAAUGGAUAUUCACUGCACCACCAUUGAGAAGGAAAGCUUGGGAGGUGCUGUCGCAUUUAUAUCUUAUGCUUCUAUUGGUCCCAUCAUCGACGAGAGCUUUGUGUCUGAGGAAAACCUAAUGACAAAGGAAAAGUUGCAUAAUUUCUACCUGAACUCCAAGGUGGUGAGUGGUACAAUGGGAUCCAGAGAGAACACCUCGCUGUCCAUGUCCAUUAAUUUCACGUUUCAGCAUGAAAAGAUGAAGAGAGAAAAUGAGCAGUCCAUCUGUGUCUACUGGGAAGGGUUAUCUUGGUCUAAUGAAGGCUGUCAAGUCAUUUUCUCAGAUGAAAAUCAAACCCUUUGCAGCUGCAACCACCUCUCCAGCUUUGCCAUCCUCAUGGCAUCCACCAAAUUAAAGGUGGAUCCUGUGCUGACUGUGAUCUCAUAUGUGGGGUUGAGCCUCUCUCUACUGUGCCUCUUCCUGGCAGCCCUCACCUUUCUCCUGUGCCGACCCAUCCAGAACACCAGCACCUCCCUCCACCUGCAGCUCUCCAUCUGCCUCUUCCUGGCCCACCUGCUCUUCCUCACCGGCAUUGACUGGACAGAGCCCAAGGUGCUGUGCUCCAUCAUCGCAGGGGUGCUGCACUACCUCUACCUGGCCUCCUUCACCUGGAUGUUCCUUGAAGGGCUGCACCUCUUCCUUACCAUUAGGAAUCUCAAGGUGGCCAACUACACCAGUGCAGGCAAAUUCAAGAAGAAGUUCAUGUACCCUUUCGGCUAUGGGAUUCCAGUUCUCAUUGUGGCUGUGUCUGCAAUAGUAGGACCCCAAAAUUAUGGAUCACAUACUCACUGCUGGCUCAAGCUCGAUAAAGGGUUCAUCUGGAGUUUCAUGGGGCCAGUGGCAGUCAUUAUCUUGAUAAACUUGGUGUUCUACUUCCAAAUUCUGUGGAUUUUGAGAAGCAAACUUUCCUCCCUCAAUAAAGACGUUUCUACCAUUCAGGACACCAGAGUCAUGACAUUUAAAGCCAUUGCUCAGCUAUUUAUCCUGGGCUGUUCUUGGGGCCUUGGCCUUUUUAUGAUUGAAGAGGUCGGGAAGGUGAUUGGAUCAGUCAUUGCGUACAUAUUCACCAUCAUCAAUAUCCUGCAGGGUGUUUUGCUCUUUGUGGUACACUGUCUCCUUAAUCGCCAGGUGCGAAUGGAAUACAAGAAGUGGUUUAGUGGGAUCUGGAAAGCGGUUAAAACUGAAAGUAUUGAAGUAACACAUUCUACGACCCAAACCAAAACGGAGGAACCAGGGACGCCAUCAGAAGUCUUUCCCAGAAGAGAUGCUGCUUCUGUGCAACCUCAGCGUCAGACUCCUAUCUCUGCUUUUUGGCUAAGAACAGAAAACUGAGCUGCUUCUGGACAGCGCCCCCUGUGGUUACACGUGGAUUGGACAAAUGCCACCAUCUGUAUCUUCCUCCUGAAAGCAGUUCUGAGGCCUUAUUCUAUUGGCUUCUAGGUCCUUAGAAAGAAGGGGUCAUGGGGAGACCUCUGAGACCCAUACCCAGUAUUGUUUAUCACAUGCCAUUAAAUGUUCAAGGAAUAAUUUUUAAUAAUGAAGGAAAUAAGGGGACUUUCUUCUUCCACCUAUUGCUACCUUGCCCAGGAUUUAUUGGCCAACAUCUAGAGUCACCUGGCAGGUUUCUCUCUCUGGGCAUUUGGUUGCAUUUUAUGCUCCUGAAGAUUUUGCAAACUCGACACUUUCAGAAUUCAGUAAUUCCCGUAUGAAUAAGUAUUAAAAAGGAGGUUGCAUUCUUGCAAUGCAAAAUUCCACCACCAUCCAUCUUAGGAGCACAUUGUCAACAGGAAGGGUCUUGUGGCCAGGAGACCAGCACAGACUCCUUUGUUUGAUGACUUUCAAACUUAUUUAUUGGGUAAAUUUUGUUUUCU